AUGCUGUGUAUCCGAGGACACUUCGAAUUCAAUAAUGUAGUCUGCCUCGUGCGCGACAGGAUGUUCAUGGACUUUGAGUACUGCUACUUGAAGUCUGUGAAUCGCACCUACAAGUACCUUUCGCUAAAAACCAGGAUGAGGAUGCGCGAGAACAGGCGACUCCUGUACAACUUUGAUUUCAAGGUGGACUCCUGCAAGUUCCUGCGGGACCGCAAGCACGUGGUCGCCAACUGGGUCUACCAGACCUUCGCCCCCUACUCGAACCUGAAUCACACCUGCCCCUACGACCACGAUGUCGUGCUCGACAAGCUUCCCGUGCAGCACCUGAACAAGCUGGUCCAGUCGAUCAUCCCCGAUGGCAGAUGCAUGAUGAACAGCACAUGGAUGGUCGCGGGCAUUCCGCUCACCGAUGUCAUCCUAUACUUCACCAAGAGCUAA